AUGGAAGGAAGAGAAUGUGAUAUUAAUUGGCAUCAGGGUAUAAAGAGUAGUGCAGUGGAAAUGCGAAGCAAAAACCAAAACAGUCCAGGAAAGGGUAUUCAUGCAGGUCCGUGGGGGAGAUGCAUGGGAGAUGAAUGCGGUCCAGGUGGCAUCCAGACGCGAGCGGUGUGGUGUGCCCACGUGGAGGGCUGGACCACUCUGCCCACGAACUGCAAGCAGCCGGAGCGGCCAGACAACCAGCAGAGCUGUUUUCGGGUCUGCGACUGGCACAAGGAGCUGUACGACUGGCAGAUUGGCAGCUGGAACCAGUGCCAGCCCGUCCUCUCCCGGAGCCACGAGAAGCCCCUGGAGUGCCUCAGAGGGGAGGAAGGGAUCCAGACAAGGGACAUCACCUGUAUCCAGAAGUCCAACGGGGUGCCAGCUGAGGAUGUCAUCUGCGAGUACUUUGAGCCGAAGCCCCGCCAGGAGCAGGCGUGCCUCAUCCCGUGCCGGCAGGACUGCAUUGUGGCCGAAUUCGCCCCCUGGUCAGAGUGCUCCAAGACCUGUGGCAACGGGCUUCAGCAUCGAACUCGGCACGUUGUGGCUCCACCGCAGUUCGGUGGGUCUGCUUGUCCUAACCUCACCGAGUUUCAGAUCUGUCAGUCUAGCCCAUGUGCUGCUGAAGAAAGCCUGUAUAGCCUAAACGUGGGACCCUGGAGCGCAUGCUCAGUGCCCCAUUCAAGACAAGUAAGGCAAGCGAGGAAACGAGGGAAGAACAAAGACAAGGAAAAGGACAGAGAAAAGGCAGUUCGGGAUCCCGAGGCUCGUGAGUUAAUUAAGAAGAAGAGGAAUCGAAACAGACAGAAUAGACAGGAGAACAAAUAUUGGGACAUACAAAUUGGGUACCAAACCAGGCAGGUCACAUGUACUCACAGAAAUGGGAAAACUGCUGCUCUGAGCUUCUGCAAACAAGACAAGUUGCCCAUUACAUUCCAGUCCUGUGUGAUCACAAAGGAAUGCCAGGUGUCAGAGUGGUCAGAAUGGACCCCCUGUUCCAAAACCUGCUUUGACAUGACAACCCCUAAAGGGAAUCGUACAAGAUCGCGGACCAUUAAACAGCUCCCUGUCGGCAGUGAAAGUGAAUGCCCGCAAUUAGAAGAAACAGAGCAGUGUGUUUCUCAAGGAGAUGGUGUGGCGCCGUGCAUUACGUAUGGUUGGCGGACCACAGAGUGGACAGAAUGCCGUGUCGAUCCUCUCCUUAGCCAACAGGACAAGAGGCGAGGAAAUCAGACGGCAUUGUGUGGAGGUGGCAUUCAAACCCGGGAAAUGUACUGCGUGCAAGCUAAUGAAAAUCUCCUCUCCUAUUUAAAUACCCUCAAGGAAAAAGAAGAAAGUCAGUCGCAGAGCAAGUCGAAGGCUAGUGCUGCACCUCUGCUAUCGAUCACUUUUGAAAUAACAGCCUCGAGGCCGGUGGACCGCAGGCUGUGUACGGGACCUCUUCCCAGCACCUCCCAGCUGUGCCAUAUCCCCUGUCCUACAGAGUGUGAGACCUCGGCGUGGUCAGCCUGGGGACCAUGCACCUAUGAAAGCUGUGAUGACCCUCAGGCCAAGAAGGGCUUUAAGCUAAGGAAACGGCGCAUCACCAAUGAGCCUACAGGAGGAACGGGAAACUGCCCUCACCUGCUGGAAGCCAUCCCCUGUGAAGAGCCCUCCUGCUACGACUGGAAAAUCAUGGGGCUGGAGGAGUGCAUUCCCGACAAUGAGAAGACAUGUGGCCCUGGAACGCAGGUUCCUGUUGUCGUCUGCGUCAACAGUGAUGGAGACGAGGUUGACAGACAGCUGUGCAGAGAUGCUAUCUACCCAAUCCCGGUUGUCUGUGAAGCUCCAUGCCCAAAGGACUGUGUGCUCAGCAUGUGGUCCGCAUGGUCCUCCUGCUCGCACACCUGCUCCGGCAAAACCACAGAAGGGAAGCAGAUGCGUGCCCGCUCCAUUCUGGCGUAUGCAGGUGAAGGAGGAAUACAGUGCCCAAAUAGUAGUGCCCUACAGGAAACACGCAGCUGUAACGAACACUCUUGCACUGUGUAUCAUUGGCAGACUGGCCCGUGGGGACAGUGCAUAGAGGAUACGUCUGUCUCUGCUUUCAACUCCUCUGCCAGCUGGAAUGGGGAGGCCACCUGUUCCGUGGGGAUGCAGACAAGAAAGGUCAUCUGUGUGAGAGUCAACGUGGGACAAGUGGGCCCAAAAAAGUGCCCUGAGAGCCUCCGACCAGAAACAGUGAGGCCUUGUCUGCUUCCCUGUAGGAAGGACUGUAUUGUGACUCCGUUCAGUGACUGGACAUUGUGUCCUUCUUCAUGUCAAGAAGGGGGUGUCGCAGUAAAGAAGCAGUCCCGUCACCGAGUCAUCAUCCAGCUCCCCGCCAACGGAGGUCGUGAGUGCCCGGACUCCUUGUUUGAGGAAAAGGAGUGUGAAGCUUCUCCCGUCUGCUAUAGCUACAGGUAG